AGAUUAUCGAAGGUAGCUCAGACUGUGAGCACUGAUUCCAGGAAUAUCAGUUCCGUAAGGUUUACUGUUUGAAACUGUUUACCAGAAUGGUGGAAUCAAAUUCUACAUCAAGUGCUGAUAUUCCAAAAUUUGGCCGACUUGUCCAAUCAAUCGAAGAGUUUUACAAAAUUACCAAGUAUGUAGCACACUUUGCUGUCAAAAGGUCCCUUGGAUAUUUUCAUCAUUAUAUAGUAGCCGGAUGGUUUGAUGCAAAGAACAAAGUGUUUGAGUAUUACGUCUGUUUUAAGAAUUUCUUUACUGGGCCCGGACAGGUUGCAAAAAAUGAUAUCUCUGAAGAAGAAAUUGAGGAGGCUAUAGCAGAGGAAAAUUUGUACGUAAUUGAAGCUCCAAAUUAUCCAAAAACUGAAUAUCAAAAGGAACAAGCGAAGGCGCGAUGUUGGAAAAGACUGGGAGAAAAAGCCUACACACUGGCCAGUAACAACUGUGAGCAUCUCGUCAACUACAUCAUGACUGGGCUGCCCUAUUCAGAACAGAUUAUGAAUGCUGGCGUUUGGAAAAUGAUUUUUGUUGAUUCUUUUGACAAUGUAGUAUGUCGUGGGAAAAGAAAUUUUGUGAAGUUAGGCUCUUGCCUCUUGGCUGUAAAACCGGCUUCCGCAUUUGUCAAAAUUGCGGUGAAUGAAGUUCUGAACGUUGCUACAGAAUUAAUACCCAGUCCUGUAUCAAAUACAGCAAAUUCAGCUGGCAGAUGUGCCACUAAUCUUUGCAAAGCAGCUUGCAAAAAUUCCCAGUAUACUAAAUCGCAGCUUCUUGCGUCAAAAGAAUGUGUCGACGUUGCCAAGACAGCCAGCAAAACGGCGCUGAGAAAAACUGCUGGCGCAACUUUUAUCAUCACAGGACUUAUAGAGGGAGGUAUGGCCGCGUAUGAAAUUCGUAAAUUACGCAAACAAAGAAAAAAUGGUUUUCUUUCCAAGAGGAACUUUCGUCGAGAGGUGACCAAAAGUGUUUCUGGUGCUGUGUCCGCAACCGCUGGCACCGUUGCUGGUGGAGUAAUCGGACAGGCACUUUGUCCAAUACCAGUUUUGGGAUUCGCUAUAGGAUCUGCUUUGGGAAAUUUUUUCGGACGUUGGAUUGGAUCCGCGGCUUCUGGACAAGUGUUUGACAUUAUUACGUAAAACUAUCUUUUUUAAAAAUUGCUUGCGACCCGUUUGACAGUUUUCAUAUAAAUAUGCAUUUCGAAGUUAUUUGAUAUUUAUGUGCUUGUCUGUAAUAUAGUUUUCAAUAUGUGUUCAUGAGAUAAAAAAUACAUGUA